CCUGGGUGUUGUAUUGGAAACCAGGGUUUUGUUUACGUCUUCACGAAACUAACCCCUAAUCACCGAGUGGUGGAUCAAUGUGGAAGUUUCACCCAAGCUCCGAAAAAGAGGCCGUAAGUGACGGUAGUGUGAUAGUAGGAUACAAGAGGUCUUUCGACUUCCAACCAUUUGAACAAAAUUCAUCACUGCGGAAUGGACCGAAUGGUCAAUGGACUAUGAUCGAAUACUGCAUCUUGGUAUCACCUCCGCCGCCGAUUACGUCCUGUGUAAACUACACCGGAUAUACGGAGACCUCAUGGGCGGCGGUGGCAAGUGGAGGAGAAGGUCAGCCUCAGCCUCCUCGGCCGAGUGGUAUCCGGGGGCGGGGAUUCCCUCGUGGUAUUCGAGGGAGCCCUGGUCGGGUUGAUCCACCUAGCGGAGGAGAAGCUGAAGCUGAGCCUCGUCUGCGGAGUGGUACCCGAGGACGGGGGCGCACGCGUGUCCGAGGGGGAUCUUGUCGGGUUGAUCCACGCUAUUCUAGUUUCUAUACGACUUGUUUGGUCGAGAACGAGGCAGGGUUGAUGAUGAUUGAUAAUGGGAUGCCUGCUAGCUAUGCAAGUGGAUUUCUAGUGGAUAAAUUGGGAUUGCCAACCACGACACUUCAUCCGCCGCGUCGAGUGACACUCCUCAACGGAAAACUAUCUGAGGGAAGGCAGCAGCAGCAAGUAGAAUCCAAACCCCUCUGCUUGGAACCCAAUCUCAAGAAACUAUCUGAGGAAGGGCAGCAGGAAGUAGAAUCCAAGCCCCUCUGCUUGGAACCUGAUCUCAAGAAAUCCCGUGUUACUGAACCUAGUUCCUACCUUAGUAAAUUCCCCCUAGUUGAUUGUCUUCUUAGAAGAUUUAUGCCACCUAAUUGA